UUACACUUGGCACAAUGCAGUCAGGCAAGUACUGUUCUCCUGAAAACCGCCAAACCCAGACACGUCCAUCGGAUUGCCAGACAGAGAAGCGUGAUUUGUCACUCCAGAGAACAUGUCUCCACUGUUCUAGAGUCCAGUGGUGGCGUGUUUUAUACCACUGCAUGUGACGCUUUGCAUUGCAUUUGCUGAUGUGCUUCCACUUUGACCGUGGAAUAUUUAGUAGCAAGGAAAUUUCACGGAUGGACUUAUUGCACAGAUAGCAAACUAUCACAGUACCACGCUUGAAUUCAUUGAACUUCUCUGAGAGCGACCCAUUCUUUCACAAAUGUUUGUAGAAGCAGUCUGCAUGCCUAG